AUGUUUAGUGAAUGGGGUGCAUUAUGUAAGCAAAAAAAUAGACAAAAUUAUAGUUUACAUCCACAAAUAAAACCAUUCUUAUUAGCAUCUACACGAAAAAGAAUAUCAGAAAUUGUGAAGCCACUAGGAGAUCAAGUAAAACAUAUAUAUACAGAUGGCUUUAUUAUAGCUGAAAAAGUAGAACUUAAAACGGGAAUAAAAAUAG